UAGCAUAGCUACUAGAACAUAUAUUCGCAGAAAAGAAGAAGGUCCUCUUGUAUGUGAGGUAAAAUACUGUAAUAAAAUAAUACAGACAGGUAUAUAAAUAAAUAACAGUGGUGCUUGCAAAUCAUAGAUUAGCUAGACUUCUGUAAAUAUUUGUGUAGUGUUCAUCUAUGAUCUCCAACUCUUGCAAACAGUCCCUCUGAGUUCAUGGGAACUCAGAAAAUAUUCCCGCUGACUUGGAUAAUAAUACUCAGAAGUAUUUUUCCUGAAGUCUUAAAUUUUGCUUGUUAAAUAAUUACCAGAGUUGAAGAUAUUUCUUGGUAACUGCCCAUUGCAAAGAUGAACUGAGGACAUUCUUUGAUCUAAUCUUAGACAAUUAUGUCCAGCUAUGAGGCCAAAGGAAUAAGACAAUGAUGUGACUUAUGAUAUCAUCUUAAGGAGGUAGUUAUAAAACUGGUUUUAUUACCAUUCUUCCUUUCUUUCCCACUAUAUGUUUCUUUGGGAUACUUAAAAGCACAUAUACUUUUGUUAUUAUUUUCUAGUUUUCCAGUUUGUCUAUAAAUCAGAAGAGCUAGCAAUAUUGAAUUUAAUAUUAAAUAAUGGUUUAAAUUGUUUUUUAGAGCCAUGAUGAAUGUAUUGUCAUAUCAAGUGAAGCUGAGCUUUUGAACAUUUAUAAUGUUUAUGGAGUACGUUACUAUAUUCCCAUUUUUUAAGUACUUAAAUCUGCCAUUUCUGCACUGUAUGCAUCACCUACACAUUACUGAAGUAUAAUUCACUUCUUGAAACCUACAAUACAUAUCUGUACACAUCUUGGAAAGAACUCACUCCUUUAGAUAAUAAAACAUUUCAUUACUUCCAAUUGACUGGAGUCAGAGGGAGGCAAUAGAAAUUUCAAAAUUUUCAGUGGCUGAGUCUGAAUAUGAGUAAGUCUUUAUCACUUUAUAUCUGUCUUUAAAAGUAAGACCAGUUAUCCUUGGGGUACUCUACCCCCUGACCUGGAAGUCUGAGAUGGAGAGCAGAAUAAACCCCUCCCCCCUAUUCAGGUGGAAACAGUUAAAGACCUUCAACUCCACCUGAACUGUCACAAAUCCAUGGGGCCAGAUGAGAUCCACCCAGCAGUGCUGAGGGAGCUGGUGGAGACUAUUCUAGAUGAAAAUGAACUCUUGAAUUAUAGAGGCGAAGGAGUAGUUUCACUGGCAACUCUGCUCAAAGUGUUUCAUGAUGGAGGAAGUAGGGAUGAAGAUAAUCAUAGAUUUAGUAGCCUGGAGACGGAAGGCAGAUAUGAUAAGCAUUUCAUAAAAAUAUACAAGGAAUUAGGCAAUGAAGAUCUGACACCUCUUCCAGUUGAACGCCUUUUGAAGCACCCCUUCAUUCAAGACUUGAUUAAGAAGUACCAAGGGUACAAACUUCAUGAUAUUGAAUUCUUCCUUCAAAGAGCUGAACAAGCACAGUCAACUGAUGAGAAAACCACAUGUGAAGACAACGACAUAUGAAAAUGUGUGGUUCAUAAAAGUUUUUCUUUCUAAUUUAUGCAAGAAAUGAGUUCUAGAUCUCCCCUCCUCCCUUCCAUGGGAAAGAUUUAUUCAUUAAUUGUCACAGGAGCCAAAUCCUGAAGCACUUACACUUUUAGUUACUACUUUGAAAGUUAUUCCUUCUAAUUUAAAAAAAAAAAAAAAAAAAACAACAACAGACAGCAAAAAAAACAUCAAAAACAAGGAAAGAAAUUUAUCAGUUCAUAUUAAACAACCUGAUAUAAGUAAGUUUUAAAAUAAAAUAAAUUGUUUCUGAACUUAAACAGUGCUGAUUGUGUUUAUGAAAAAAUGGUAGAAGAAUAAAAUACAUCAUAUUCUUGUAAGUGAGCUAGUGUACCUAUUCAAAUUUUGUCAACAUAUAUAUUAUAGUAAUUAAUUUUAUUCUCCAUUUGUUUUUUUUUAAAACAUGUGGCAGCUCAGAAGGGACAGCCACAGCACGGGCUGGGCUGGGUCACAACCUGAGUAUGCCUGGGCUACUCCAUUUGCGUUUCCACAUUACUCCACAUAAACUUGGAUUUAUUUUAUUGUUUCACAUAACUGUAUUCAAUAAUUGACCAAAAUUCAGUUUAGAAUUGUAUACUAAAAGACAAUAUACACAGCAAAUACAAAUUGUAGGUUUUCAUGCAUGAUGUGUGUCUGUCUAAAAAUUCCUAUGGCACUUGAGAGGUCAUUGCAUUCUUUGGCAGAUUAAACAGUCUUAGUGAAACUCUCCUUAUUUACUGCUGAAGUUAUUUUAUUGUUUCUACAUCCACUCCAACUCUUGUCUCUCUGCUGGAGGUUGUUCUGGGGCAGUUCUCAUAGUUUGCAAUCUGACACCUGCCCAAAUUUUUGCAUUCUGUAUUCUAUUACUUGCUUAGAAACAUAAUUAAAAAGUAAACAUUUCAAAAUGCCUACUCAUACCAGGACAUUGCUUUGUCAUUCUGGGAUACUUUUGUCUGCAUUUUGGCAGCAUCCUGGUAACAAGCGCACCAAACAUUAAAAGCUUCCUUUCUCUGGUUUGAUUCAGCAAAGUGCUCAAACAAAUGAUGCUCUCUAAGAAUACAAAUCAUCCAACUGAAGUGAGCUAGCUUGUACGGAACCACAAACCUUUGUUGAGAAAUGCUCUCCACACAAAAUAAUUUAACAUAUUUAUUGAUUCUUUAUUAGUUUUUAGCCAAAUAUGCUUGACAUAUUAUAGUACUUGCAUAACGUGCUGAUAUACCUAGAGAGGACUCUAAAUUUUCUGCUUGAACUGUAAAAUCAUUAUGCAUAAAAAAGUAAUAGCAGGAUGCAAAAUAGAGAAACUAGCAUAGUAAUAGACAAUGUCUAGUAGACCAACCUCUAAAAUACAUUCUUUUUUCUGUAAUGAUAAUGAGCAUUUUGUUUGAUUUUUAAGACUUCCUGAUGUCAGUGGUAAGUUCUUUUUGUUGUUGUUGUUGUUGUUGAUUUCAGACAGCCAAAUUUUGAAAGGAAAAUUGGUAGACAACUGCAGCAGAUCAAAGCGUCUAUAUGUGAUAUACAAAUUCAGAAUAGAACUCAUAAAACUUGCACUUCAGGCAAAUAAUGUUGUACCUUUUCAGUGUACGUGUUUUGUGCUAACCACACUGGCACACUGUAGCUAAGUACUAUCUCAGAAACAGAUACAACCCUGCUGUGCCUCCACAAACCAUGUUGAAACCUCAACAUCCUCGUUUUACUUACGACAACAGACUGUGUGGUGCAUACAAAUGUGCUUUUCACCAGAAUAAAUUAUUUUCAUAGCACAUGUAGCUCAGUCAAAAUUUCAUUGUAUUUUAUCCCCAGUAUUCUUGAAACAUUACAUGCAUAUAUGAGAUUCUGUCUUUUCUCACCUCUAGUGAAAAAUACUAUGUGGAUAUAAAAAAUUACAAUGCAGUUCUCUGCCUCAGGCUUGACUUGGAGUUUUUACUUAUUUUUGCUUUUGUUCCAUAUCUAGUUUCUUUAACAAAAGCCAGGUUCAAUUACUUAGUGUUGAAUUCUAACUUUACAUACUAAAGUUCUCCCUGAGAAAAUAAAAAGCCUUUUCAGAAAGGCAUGCCAAAGAUCUGUAGAUAGCAAUUAAAAGGGAACUUCAGUUACUAGAAUUCAUAAAUUGCUCUUUCAGGUAGGAUUCUUAAAGGGUCAUUAUUUUGUCAUACGCUAUAUAUUUUACUGGUGGCCUGAAAUAGAAAGAAAAAUUAUUACUGAUAAAAUCUGAGAGUAUGCGUCAGUUCUGAAGCAAUGCUGAAUAAUAAUAAGUGAUGUGGAUUGCAUGGUGAAGUAUAAAACAAUGCAAGUGUAAAACAGUACAUAUAUUUAUAUGGUUAAGGCAAAGGCAUAGUUUAGACAGCAAAGAAUGUAGACUCUGAUUAUUUCUCUUUAUGGUUAUUACUUUAUUACAGUUGAGUGUCAUGGUGGAUAUUCAUCACACUUUGAGUUCCCUCCAUAACACCAUGGCUUAGAGCAUAAAAGAGGUGCUUGUACUUAUGAAGGGGGAAGGAUGGGUAGUAAUGCAUUCAAACUUGGAAGUGGAGUUGGUUGGUAUCUGUGUUUCAAGCAUGAUGUUGAAAACUGGUAAGUGUUCAGAGAAGAAUCACAGGAACAAUGGCAAAUUAUGUUUUGUAUCAGAAAAUUCAAGGAACUUGGUAUUUUUACUUCAACAAAGUAAAAGUUAAAAGGGUUUCAGAUUUCCACUUGGAAGGAUCCAUGUAAAGAGUCUUCAUUCCAGUAUACAAAGGCAUAACAAGUUUCAAUGUCUGGAAUCUUAGACUUCAAAAUAGCACAGAUUUUUAGCAGGGAAGAUUAAGGUUUGAAGGAACAUGCUGUAUGUCAUGGCAAAUUCCUCAUCUCAGAGCCACAGAGUCAAGAUGAAUAAUUCUUUUAAAUCAAUGUUGUGAUGGAA